AUGAGUACUAUCAAAGGCCACUGUGACGAAGGAUUUCGAGGGGUGGCCGCCCAACUUGAGGAGUUUAUUAAUUCAGAGGAAGAGCUAGGCGCCUCUGUCACGGUAAAUCUUGAUGGGGUAGAUGUUGUCAACAUUUGGGGAGGAUAUGCGGAUGCAGGGAAGUCAAAGCCUUGGGAGAGAGACACCAUCAGUUGCAUUUUCUCAACGACGAAGACGGUAUCCGCACUAGCCGUUCUGAAACUUGUCGACCAAGGUCUCAUUGAUGUAGACGAAAAGGUCUCCAAGUAUUGGCCGGAAUUUGCUGCCAAUGGAAAACUGGACAUCAGGGUUCGGCAUGUGUUAUCGCAUACCUGCGGAUUACCUGGAUUCCACAAGCAAGUCUCCCUAGAAGAUGUUUGUGAUGUCGAGAAGGCAACUACUUUAUUGGCAGCCGAUAGUCCAUGGUGGGAACCUGGAACAGCGUCGGGGUAUCACUCUCUCACACUUGGGCCGCUGAUCGGCGAGUUGGUACGUCGAGUGUCCGGAAAAUCACUGACAGCGUUCAUUGCAGAAGAUAUUGCCCGACCACUUGAAGCUGACUUUCAGCUCGGGGUACUGGAGAAAGAUCUUUCUCGCGUGUCGCCUGUCAUUCCACCACCUGGUGUUGCUCCUCGUGUCCCACCUCCACCGGGUGAAGAGGUCUCGAUGGCUGACAAAGUAUUCGCAAACCCACCAAUGCAUGCCGCUUUUGCCAAUACCGAGAUAUUCCAGAAGUCAGAAUGGGGUGCUGGUAAUGGACACAGCAAUGCCUCAGCCAUCGCUCGGAUCAUGUCGGUGAUUUCGUUAAAUGGCAAAGUGGGCAAGACACAAUUCUUGUCAUCGAGUACAAUCGACCAUAUCUUUCGCCAGCAAGCCUUUGGAACGGAUUUGGUGUUGAACGCCCCGAUUUGCUGGGGCAUCGGGUACGCAUUGCCUAUGAAAGACACCAUCCUUGAAUGGUUGCCCGUUGGUAGGCGUGUUUGUACAUGGGGUGGGUAUGGCGGGUCGUUUGUUGUAAUGGACUUGGAUCGCCGUUUGACGAUUGCAUAUGUGAUGAAUAAGAUGAGUGCUGUGGGCAUUGGAUCCGGUAGAGGGAAGGCCUAUAUCGCCGCCGCAUAUCGAGCCAUUGGGGAGGCAGGCUUUUGA